AAUAUUCUCUUCUUUUUGGUUGGAGAAACAAGACCACAUCCACUUCACACCCUUCCCCUUUUUCCCUUCACCAUAGAGUCUAAGACUUCUCUUAAACACUAUGACAUUGACACUGUCUACAACAGUUGAGCCAUUCUUCAAGACCCUUUUGUUCUUGUUCACUAUCCUCCCUUGCUAUCUGGCUCUCUCUGACCCUGAUGCUUCAGUUCAGCCAAUUAUCCCAAAACCAACUUCACCAGGAACAAUCCCUGCAUUCCCCGAACAAGAUGAUGCUGCAGGGUGCCCUCUGAACCUCUCAGACGAGCACUAUGAUGGAAUAAAGAGUGCAUGUAGUUCCAACAAAGAUGGUGUUGAUAAGGAGCUCCACCGUAGCCGAUGUUGUCCUGUGCUGGCUGCGUGGCUGUACUCUGCUUACUCUGCCACUGCUCUUGGAGUGGAACAUGGUUCACCAGGCCAUGGCCAUCCCACAUCCUAUGACAUGCCCUUGUUGCCAGAUGAUUCGGAAACCUGUGUGAGUGACUUGGGAAAGGCUUUGAAAGUGAGAGGAAUUGAGCUUAUCCAGCCAAAUGAGACUUGUGAUGCGGUGUAUUGCUACUGUGGCAUUAGGUUGCACCCUUUGAGCUGCCCUGAAUCAUUUUCAGUUACUCCAAGUGGGAAUCUUGUUGGAGAUGAAAGUGUGAAAAGGUUGGAGAGAAAUUGCUUGAGUAGCAGCACCAAUGUCAAUGGAUUUCCAGGUCUGGAAGGGUGCUCUAAGUGUUUACAUAGCCUCUAUUUGAUUAGAAAGAAGACUUCAAAUUCAAGCAAAUCAGAAGAUAGGACUAAAAAGAUACACAACAAAGAUUGUGAACUCAUGGGCUUGACAUGGCUUCUAGCAAAGAAUCGGACAGCUUAUAUUCACACUGUUUCUGGGGUUCUUCGUGCUUUAAUGUUGAGCACUGAUGGCUCUGAUCCACAAACCUGUACUCUAAACAGUGAUGGAAAACCUCUUGCCGUUGAUUCUUCUGAAAUGUCUGAUCAGUCUUCAUCAACCAACCUCCAAGCACCAUUCUUUCUUUCUUUCUUAUUUUUUUCACAUUUUCUGCUAGGUAUGCAUUUCACUGUAUUAAUCACCUAA